UGGCCCUGGUUCGUUCAAGUGAAAGCCAAAUUGAAGGUUCUUUCCAGUUCUUGCGGAGGUAGCAUCCUUAAUGAGCAGUGGAUUUUGACGGCGGCUCACUGCGUCUGCUCAAACGUGGAUGUGAUAGCGGGCACAAACACUGCGUUUGAUCCGAAUAAGAAAAUGAUUAAAGUUCAGGAAAUUAAAACCUUCCAAUAUAACGACGAAACAGUUGUAAACGAUUGGGCUCUUUUGAAACUGGCAGAACCCCUGACGUUCAACAAGUCAGUACAACCUAUCUGCUUGGCUGACCCCAACGUUGUUGAAUCCUACGAUGUGUGCGUUGCAAUGGGUUACGGACGCACCGACCCGUGUAAGUACAACCCCAAGGUUUUUAGCUAA